GUGGUGACAUUAGCUGUGUGUUGGAUGCCAAACCAGAUUCGUAGGAUCCUGGCUGCAGCCAAACCUAAGCAUGACUGGACCAAGACCUACUUCCGGUCGUACAUGAUCCUGCUCCCCUUCUCAGACACCUUCUUCUACCUCAGCUCCGUGGUCAACCCGCUGCUCUACAACGUGUCCUCGCAGCAGUUCCGCAGCGUGUUCUGGCAGGUGCUAUGCUGUCGUCUGAAGCUGCUACACGUCAACCACGAGAAGCGGCUGCGCACACCCACCGCCAGCGCCCGCUCCACCCGCCAGCUCUUUAAGUCUUCCUGGCGCUACUCGUCCGCGAGAAAAUCUAAUAAGGUUUUCUUAAGUACUUUUCAGAGUGAGCCCAAGGCCGACUAUAAACCCCCACAACUGAGUCUCGAUUCACUAGAGCCCAACACAGAGAUGAAACCAGCGGAGGCUGUUGCCGAAGUCAGUUCUGCUGCAGAGAAUGGUCUUCAGGAGGUUGUUGAGUAA